AUGACGAAGAUCUCAAGCUUGCUCUUGUCGGCAGCGGCUCUCAUCGCUGCCAGCUCUUUUGUGACGGGCCAAAGCGAAGGAGAUAUUAUUUGUGUGGAGGGGUACAUUAUGGACAAUUUCUGCAUCGAAAGAGGUACAUUGCUCGAUGAUUCUACUGCGAGGACCUUGGAAGAGCCUGAGAAGCAUACCGUCCACUGUCUUGUCGAUGUUGGUGUCUGCACCGAUUCCCCUUUUCACGUGCUGGAAGACGGAUCCCCCUAUGGCGUUGGUUGGCAGGUAGACGACAACUCACAAUUGAUUUCCCUGGCUCGAAGUGUGGGGACAUGCAACUCCUGCGACGGCGAUGGCGACCUCAGGGCUGGCUUUCGAGCUGUAGUCCGCGGAGAAGUCACAGAUGCUAGCCGGCAACUACUCUCAGUGCAAGAAGUUGGGCUCCCUGGCGAAGACUUGUGUGCCAACAUUUGCCCCCUCGAUGUUAUGCAAUGUGGUGAUGAAUUCUUCAAUCGGGAUCCCGACAACAACUGCGAGUUCCCACCUUGCGUGUGUCCUUUGGACGUUCAAGAAUGUACUGAUGGUACCGUUGUUAGCAGGGUACCACCCAUGUGUGAAUUUGAAGAUUGCCCCCCAACAAGUGCACCAACCGCCAGUCCAACCGAGAGUCCAACCAAGAGUCCAACCAGUCCACCCACAGUAGCAGAGACCCCGGAACCGAGUCCUUCCCCCAGCGCAUCACCAACAGCCCGACCCUCUCCCUCGCCAUCUGUAAACCCCACCUUUACAGGAACUGACGCACCAUCCUUUGCACCUUCUCCAGCUCCGUCUGUUGCUGGAACUGAUAGCCCCAGUGCAUCACCAUCCCGGACCCCAUCGGCUAUGCCAUCCAUGAGCCCAUCCUCGUCACCCAGUGCAGCCCCCAGCGGAAAUAGCCCAGUUCCCAGUGCUUCUCCUUCUGCUUCGCCAUCUUCGGCCCCAUCAUCGGCUCCUUCUUUGAGCCCAUCUGUUUCUCCCUCGGCCAGCCCAUCGCUGGCGCCUUCAAUGAAUGGUACUGUCGAGGAACCGAUCAUUAGCUGUUCCGAGUAUUCGGAGGCCAUGGACGUACCUGGAUUGGAAGGGGUUACUCUGGAAUACAUCGUCAACAUGAAUCCCAUCAUUGGUGAACACAACUUGACGGGCAAUCUUACCUUCUUGGAUGGCGAGCUCCCCUGGUACAAUAAUGUGACCAAUGAAACAAUCUUUGGACCUCCCAUCAUUUCAGUCCGUGUGACUUAUGAAGGACAAGCAUGGCUAGGAUUUGCCGUCAGCCAAGACGGAUCCAUGGUGGGGUCGUCUGCUGUCAUUGGUGUCCCCAAUGCAACAACCGGAGAAGGAGAAACGGGGCAUUACAACUUGACUUUUGAAAAUGGACAAGGAUACGACCUCUUUCCCAACCAGACAUUGAUGGAUGCUUUCAUCACUCAGGACGAGAAUUACACCAUCUUGGAAUUCACUCGCUACUUGGACGAAGAAUUGUAUGGCUUGUCAAUUGAUGGUAGCGGAUUCAACUACUUCUUGGUGGCCUACGGAAUGGACAACGUUCUGGGCUACCACGGCGCCGGAAGGUCAAGCUUCAACUUGACACUCAUGUCCUGUAAUCUGUAUGAGUUUGACGACAUGGACAACAUCAAUGGAACCACUGUGGAUUUGGAAGAAGCGGUUGACGAGAAUGGAGCUGCAGUGGUUAACCGGGACGGUGAUACCGACAUUGAUAUUGCUCGUGCCGACCCGGGAACACUUCAAUCGACGUCAAGUUCUGCCAUUGUUAGUACGACAUUUGGCCUUUUAGUGGGGCUGGCUCUUGUUGCACUGAACCUCUAG